GGGGUUUGCACGCUUUCGCCUGGAAUUGGAUGCGGGGAGCAAGAGUGGCCCCACCCCACCCCACCCCCCUCUGACCGCCUGACGGACCGUCCUAAUUCAUCGCUGAACACGUCCCAAUAGAGCGGCUGAUUGGUUGUCCAUGGGCUAGAUAGACCGACCGACCGACCGACCUGGUCCGAGGGAUUGACUGAUUGCCGGAUUGCACCGUUUGACCCGCCAGCCUUUCAUCCUUCAUCAUCCAUUGGCUAUUCUUUCGUCAUGAGCUCGUUAAGAGCGUUUCGCUUUCAAAAGUCCAAGAAGGCCAACGGAAGCGAGACGGACCCGGACGCUGAGGCCAGUCAGGGCGGGGCGGGUGGGGCGGGCCCUGUCUCGGCUGAUGCCCCGACGGCUUUUACGGCCGACACGGACGAAUCCCAAUCGUUGGAAAUGGUGGUGCGCAAGCCGGCUAAACGGCCCCGGAUGAUCAGCGAAAGCGAAGACGAGAGCGAGAGUGGGGUCUCACCCGCCCCAUUGGGCCCUGGGCCCGCGGGAGAGGAAGAGGGAGAGGAGGCGGUGCCGGGUCAAGUCAUGCCCACCUCGCAGAUCAUCGAAGCGCGGUUGGACCAAAUGCAGAAGCAGUAUCCUCACAUGGAUCGAAUGGCGUUACAAGAUGCUUUGAAAGCUUCGGAUUGGAAUGUGUUGCUCGCUAUCAACCGACUCCGGCCUUUGCAUAAAAAGGAGGCCAAGCCCAAGAAGUCCGUAGUCAAAAGCCACGAGAUGGUGCGGGAUUUAGGAGCGUCGGACUCGGAGGGUGAGAAUGAGUACAACGACAACAAGUUAGUGUACGAGUCGGAUUCAGACGAUGCGGACAGUGAUCGGAGCAUCACCGACGACGAAGAUAUUAGUGAAGAGAAACGACGCGUGCUCGACUUCUUUGGCUCGGCUAAUGAACAAGAACUGGCCUGUCUCCAAGGCUGCUCUAAAAAGAAGGUGCUCUGCAUUAUCAAGAUGAGGCCCAUUGAAGGCUGGACGGACUUGGUGCGCAAGAUUCAAGCCUCUAAGCAGCUCAACACGGAGCUCUUGAAUAAUGCCUCGCUACUCAUCAAAAUGCGGGAUGCUGUGGCCCGAUUGAUGGAGAAAUGCGAAAAAAUCACGGAAAAAAUGGAAAACAUUGUCCAAGACUUGACCAACGGAACGAGUGCCCGAAUGGAGUUGCAUGAACAGCCCAAGAUCAUCAGUCCAAAUUUUACCAUGACCGGCUAUCAGAUGAUUGGGCUCAAUUGGUUGGCCUUGAUGCACAAACAAGCGCUGAACGGUAUUUUGGCCGACGAAAUGGGUCUGGGCAAAACGAUUCAGGCCAUAGGAUUCUUGGCUCAUUUGAAGGAGACGGGGGAUAAAGGUCCUCAUCUCAUUAUCGUGCCAUCUUCAACCAUGGAGAAUUGGCAAAAAGAAAUGGAAACUUGGUGUCCCUCGUUAAAAGUGCUCAAUUACUACGGCUCCCAAGAUGAGCGGCGCCACAUGCGAUUACAAAUUGUCAAUGAGGAGACCGAGUUUGACGUCAUUCUAACCACUUACAAUAUGGUUAUCAGUUCACCUGAUGAUCGCGUCUUGUUCAGAAAACUCGAGUUUCAUUAUGUGAUUUUUGACGAGGCCCACAUGCUCAAGAACAUGGCCACUUCGCGUUAUGAGAAUUUGAUGCGUGUUCAAGCCUCUCGAAAACUCUUGCUCACUGGAACUCCUCUGCAGAAUAAUCUGGUAGAGCUAAUGUCCCUUCUCGUGUUCGUCAUGCCAGAGAUGUUUGCUAACAAGAAAGAGCAGCUCAAGAAAAUGUUUUCAAUCUUUCCGCGAAACCAAGAGGAUAACGGACGAUCGAAGUAUGAAAAAGAUCGCAUUGCUCAUGCUAAGCGUAUCAUGAAGCCGUUCUUCUUAAGACGCCUUAAAUCCGAGGUCCUGACAGAGCUUCCCAAAAAAACUGAGGAAGUUAUUCGUGUUCCCAUGUUACCGAGACAACAAGAGAUCUACUUCAAUCUAGUGUCAGACUAUAAAGAACGAGCGAAAGCGGUCGCAGAGGGCAGGGCGGUGGCCGGGAGUGAAAAUUCUGGAGUGGGCCUUCUUAUGAAUCUCCGCAAAGCUGCUAACCACCCAUUGCUUAUUCGUAGUCAUUAUGACGAUACCCAAGUUAAACUCUUGGCCAAGAUACUCAAAAAACAAGACUCUGGUCAUAAGGAGGCGGUUGAAGCCUUCAUCCGAGAAGACCUCUCUGUCCUUACCGAUUUUCUAAUACACAAAACCUGUCUCGAGUUCAGGUCCAUCGAAAACCACAGCUUGGGGAACCAUUUCAUUUGUGAAAGUGGAAAGUUUUCCAUGCUCGAUAAGCUAUUACCCGAUAUGAAAGAGCGUGAUGAUCGAGUGCUCAUCUUCACCCAAUUUACCAUGGUUUUGGAUAUCAUGGAGCAGUAUUUAAGAAUCCGAGGGCACAAAUAUCUUCGAUUAGAUGGAUCCACUCCUGUCCAGGAAAGACAAGUCAUGAUCGAUAAGUACAACCAAGAUGAUAGCAUUUUUAUCUUCAUCCUGUCGACCAAAGCUGGAGGCUUGGGUAUCAACUUAACCUCUGCAAACACUGUGAUUCUUCACGAUCUUGACUUCAAUCCGUACAAUGACAAACAAGCUGAGGAUCGAUGCCAUCGUGUUGGCCAAACAAGACCUGUCAGAGUGAUUCGAUUCUUGAGCGUAGACACCAUCGAAGAAGGCAUUCAUUCCAUUGCCCAAGAAAAGCUCAGACUGGAACAAGACCUGACCAAUUCCGGGUCGGAAGAUGCCACCACCAAGAAGACAGUCAAAAAGGACUUAUCGCGAUUGCUCAAAAUUGCUUUGGACGUUGAAAUGUCAGAGAAACAAAUGGGCGACGUUGGAAAAGUUUAUACCGAUCUUUAAACCUUGAGUGCAGCAUCGACACCGCUAAGACGGCAAUCUCUAAGCAACCUUUUUGCCACCCAUGGUUGAAAAAUUCAUUCGUUCUUGAAUAUGAAUUUAUAACAAUAUCAAUUUCAAAAUAUACACCAUACAAUGAUUA